AGAAGAUUCUUUACAAAGUAGCAAAAGUAUUCAAGUAUUGAACUUCCGCUAUGGCUAAAACGGAAAGCACGAGAAGAAAACUGAAGCCAGUGAUUGAGAAGAAGAGAAGAGACCGAAUCAAUCAGAAUCUUGCUGCGCUCAGGACUCUGCUGUUCAACAGCACUGCGGAUACGCGUUUACAAAACCCCAAACUGGAGAAAGCAGAAAUUUUGGACCUGGCUGUUCAAUAUAUACGGAAGAACACACGUGUCAAAUCAGAUAAGAAAGCAUCUGUUAAUCAAACUGUCGUUGAAGUCACACAUACUCCAACAAACUCAACUAAUCCUGUCUCUGGUGCUCACACCCAUCAGUGUAUUUCGGACUUCACUUCCUUCAUGGGUCAAAUGCACGACUUUGAGAAAAAUAAUUCAAAAAGGAGUCUGGAUCUGGAUUGUCAUCGAGGUCAUUCUUCCAGAGCUGGGAGAGAAUCGGACUCUAGUUCACCCAACUCUCAUACUGAACUCUGCUCAUCUACAUCAGUGUCUCAACCCAAACAAGAUCUAAUCUUCACUGAGUCAUCUUCCAUUGCUUCUAAGUCUGCUUGCCCAAAUCCCAUUGUCUUUACUCAAUCGGAGCAGCUCUCCCCUCCACCCUCUCCACUCUACCUACCUUUUGCUCCCCCUGUGUCUCCUCCCUCCUCCUCCCCCCUUCUCUUUACAACAACAUUCCAGGUCUGCAGUCCUGGAAGUUUACCUCAGCUAUUCCAGCUUCAUAAACCCAGAGCUCUCCCUACAUCACCGUCUCUUAAUCUGGACACAAGAGAAGUGUUCCAUAAUUCCCAAACAACAUGGAGACCAUGGAGCUGAAAUGGUAUGGAGUGCUGCUAUCUCAAGAUCUGCCCAAGAAUAAACAAUAGGGUGCUCAUAGACAUAGACCAAAAGCCUUUGAAAGGCAUUUCAGUGUUUAAUCUACUUACAUAAUGUAUUUAUUGACAAAUGUGGAUGCCUCUAUAAGGCAUCUUACUGUUUCUAUGAAUACAGUGGUGCUUGAAAGUUUGUGAACCCUUUAGAAUUUUCUAUAUU